AUGGCUGUCCGCACAGCAAUGAUGGAUGUUUGGCUGGAUCAGAGCGUCACGGACAGUCCAGGAAGCAGAUCCAGCGCAGUACAGUCCGUUGAAGAUGUCCUGUCUACGCUCAGUCUUGUGCGAAGACACGAUCAGGCACUCGUUGACUCGCACCUCUACUUGUACACAGCCGACUCUGAACGACUUUCAUGCAUCAUUAACCUUUAUUCGACUGGCUUCUUGACGGUAACCAUUGAAGACGGAAACCCAAAUUCUCCUCUCACCAACCAGGUCAUGGAAGAGCUCAAACUGAAGAUAAAAGACAGCAUCAAAACUCGGAUAGCAAGGUCUGAACUCUGCUCACUUCAGUGUGAGGCAAGGCCAAUUCCUCUCAUCAAGCGAGGAACAACGGUGCCAAACUACUACACGACCUCAGACGAGAGAAUUCUUGAGUACGACUUUGACAAGAUCGUGUUUGAGGAGAACUCCAAGUACCAGCACGUCAAGAUCCUUCACUCACCUACGCUGGGGAAUUGCCUUCUCCUGGACGACUUGCAAAAUCUGGCGGAGAAAGACAUCAGCUACACCCACGGCCUGAUGAAAUACCGGCGAGUUUCCUACACCGACAAGGAGAUAUUGAUUCUGGGGGGCGGAGACGGAGGCCUCUUAUGCGAGUUGCUCAAGGAAAACCCCAAAUACGUGACCAUGGUCGAUAUUGAUGAAAUGGUCAUUAAUGCCUGUCGCAUACAUCUACGAGGUGCAUGUGGUGAUGUUUUGGACACACUCAAAGGAAAUAAUUACGAGAUCAUCAUAGACGACUGUGUCAAGAAGAUGCAACAAUACAUAGGAGAAGGCAGAACGUUCGACAUCGUGUUCAAUGACCUCACCGAUAUUCCAAUUAGCACUGAGCCACAAGGAGAGCACUGGGACUUCGUGAAGAAAAUUGUCACCAUGGGAUUGCAAGUGUUGAAAACCAAUGGACUAUUUCUAAACCAUGCAAUAGGAAUCAGCUGCACGUCGGCACUGGAAACAUACGAAGAGCUCCUGACCAAACUUCCUUUUAAAGUAGAAUUUUCCAAGCAUUCUGAACAUGUUCCAUCCUUCAUGGAAGACUGGGUGUUUUACGAAGUCAAGAAACUGGAAUGAUAUUCAAGCAACAUUAGACAAAGGUUUCUAUUUGUUGUGGUUACACGUUCCACUCAUUGUUGGAGGCAGUGCAUCAUACUGCAGCACAGCCAACCUAGACC